AUGCGUCUUACUUGUGGAAAAGUCAUGGGUUCUGAAGCUGAAAGAAUUGCAAGUUUUGAUAGAUGGUUAUUGCAGAUUGGAGAUGGAUCAGUUUAUGCUGAUAAAAAGAUGGAACUCAUUAAGCUACCGCCUGAUAUAUCCAUUGCACCAUCACACAAUCAAUUGAAAUCAAUUGUAGAUGCAGUAUAUCCAUCUCUAUUACAGAAUUACAACGACCCGACAUACUUGAAAGAAAGAGCCAUACUAACACCAAAAAAUGAAAUGGUUCAUGAUCUAAAUGAAAAAAUAAUGAAUAUUAUACCAGGGGAAGGAAGAACCUACUACAGCUCUGACAAUGUGUGCAAAGCAAGUGUGAACACUAAUGAGGAAGAUAUAUUGUACCCCACUGAAUUCCUUAAUAACUUACGAUUCUCAGGCAUCCCUAACCAUGAUAUACACUUAAAAGUAGGAAGUCCGGUUAUGCUUCUUAGAAAUCUCAAUCAAACAGAAGGACUAUGCAACGGUACAAGAUUAAUGAUCACACAUCUAGGAAAAUGGUCUGUAAAUGCAAACAUCAUAUCUGGUAAGAACAUCGGCACAACAGUCACAAUACCCAGAAUUAUCAUGUCUCCAAAUGAUUCAAAAUGGCCAUUCAAGCUUAACAGACGGCAACUUCCUUUAGCAACCUGUUAUGCCAUGACAAUCAAUAAAAGUCAAGGACAAACUCUUCAGACAGUUGGACUGUAUCUUCCAAAACAGGUAUUCACACAUGGACAAUUAUAUGUCGCAGCAUCACGUGUAACAACAAGAGAAGGAUUGAAAAUAUUAAAUGCAGACGAGGACAGUGAAGACCAUACACACAUUAAAAAUAUUGUUUACAGAGAAAUAUUCCAGAAUGUAUAUCCAAGACUUGUAGAAACACAUGAUGUCACGUUAUAA